AUGUUUUUCCUUAAAGAAGAGGUCAAGGUCAUCACCUUGCACCCGUCCUACUUCGGGCCCAACAUGCGCGAGUAUCUCAUCAACCGGUUAAACGAGGAGGAAGAGGGACGUUGUACGGGCGACCAUUUCGUGAUCUGUGUGAUGGACAUGGUUGAUAUUGGCGAAGGACGGGUGCUUCCAGGCAGCGGACAGGCAGAAUAUACGAUCAAGUAUCGGGCAAUUAUCUGGAAGCCCUUCCGCGGAGAGACCGUCGAUGCGAUUGUUACGUCUGUCAAGCCCACGGGUAUCUUUACUUUGGCCGGUCCAUUGUCUGUUUUCAUUGCACGGAAAAACAUUCCUUCCGAUAUCAAGUGGGAACCGAACACAGUACCGCCGCAAUACACAGACCAUGCGGACCAAGUCAUCGAGAAGGGGACCAGUUUACGGCUUAAGAUUCUCGGUGUGAAGCCCGACGUUGCGGCGAUCAAUGCCAUUGGAACGAUCAAGGAAGAUUACCUCGGACCAUUGUAA